AGCAGUGUGUGGAGGUGGGACUCUCAAGAACACAGUGAAAAGUGAAAUUUUCCUCCAGUUAGUGGAAGAGCACGCAGACAGACACAAUUUCCGAGAGCGUGUCCCAUUGAACAAAAGUGAAAAGGACGAGAGUUUCCCAUCUUGCUGUACCCGAGUCGUUCCCGAAACCGACGAACAAGAGCACAGUAUCCAAGUUGAAAGUGAAAACUCUGGAAAGUCGGGCGGACGGGCGUGAAGCCUUUGGCAGUUCCGUCGUCGUCGUGAUACCAGAAGUGUGUGGAAAAACAGAAAAAUCAAAAAGGAUUACCGUGUCCUAUCUGGGGGGUGGUGUAGGCAGGCGGCCUAUUUUUUUGGUCGGGCCUAUCCGCGUGUGUGCGUGUGACCGAGUGAAUGUUUUGCCGUGGCGUAAAGCCGGAAGAACACGGAAAGCAGAAUUAUGAUGAAUAGUACACUUUCCGGUUGCGGUCGCCAAGUAUGACAGUGAAGCAAAAAGUGUCUCCGUGACUCAGGGAUUGUGAAAACAGUAUAUUUGAAUACACGGGGGGAAAAAUCGAAAUGACACAACCAGAAAGUGCUGUCGUAGCUCCAACUCGUCAAUAAUUACUAACGUGGUGUGUGCUGCUAACGAGGCAGCCAGAAAAGUGUGAACGGUAAACGCGCCAAGUGGUGCACAAAAAUGUUCCACUUAAUUGGAAGUUUAUCGACUUGACAUAAUAAAGAACAACAACGGCAUAUAAUUACAGUUACAUAUGAAAAUGAACCGCAUUCAGAAUAAUCAACCCCUAGAACCAUUAUCUCUAGUGAAUAGUGUUUGUAGUUAAAAGCAAGAAGAAUGUUGUAGCCAAUUAUUAAAGAGCCUCUAGUGAAAAUUUAUUCUCUGUUGAAAGUAAACAAAUUGUUGAAAACAAUAGUGCAAAGUGUCAGUUCAAAAAACACACCAGAAAAAAAAAUAGACCUAUUUACAAACACACUCAAACACACAAUAGAACAAACCGUGAAACAGUGUCGCCAUCCACAAUGAUGAUGCUGCAGCACAUGUCACCCCACUUUGGGGGUGGCCAACAGACGACGACGGACCAUCCUGGGUCAUCUCCGCGUUCCGUAACGCCAUCUCCGCCAGCACAGAGUCCUUCGCCGUCGCCACCGAUCCACCAGACUCACCUUCCCGAACGAGACUACCCCUUAGACGAGCAACCCUCCAGAAUCAUCUUCCGUCGAUCUUCGCUACAGCCGUCCGACGAAGAGAUACCACACUACAAACGGGAGCCCCAUUCUCGUCCUAGCACUCCACCAGCAUCAUAUGGUCAUCACGUACGAGACACCUCUCCGGCUAUAGAUAGCUACACCGAACACUACCACCCCCGUUCCCGAACGCCACCGGUCACUCCAACGCACCAUCGCAUCACCUCCGUCAUUCAGGAGCGCAACGUCAUCCGUUGCAUCAAGGAGGAACGACCGCAGCGCCGCAGUUCGAUCGAAGAAGAUCAACAGGUAGCUCAGUACUAUCGCGAUCACCACGCCCUACGCUACCAACCACAUGGCGGCGAAGACGACGAAGCAUAUGAUCGUGAAAGUCGCUUCUACCGUCGUCAGUACAACGAUGACGUCCCCGAAGAAGACCGCCACCACUACAGCUACCGCCGACGGCGGCUCUCUGAACGACGUGAUAGCCUUCAGAACGAUCCCGACUCGGACUACAGUGACAGUCAGGCUGGUGGCGCCGUCAGUGGCGAUAACGAUCAUUACCCCAAGUCCGAGGAGGAGGAAGGCGACGACGACAGGCCGCUGGAUCUGUCGAUGAAGAUCAAGCGACGUGCACGGAAGGACUCUGGCAGCGAUUCGGACGAUUCGGCAGGACCAGACUCCGACGGAGUGCCCCGGGAUCGUCAGGGACGGGCAGCCUACAAGAAAAGUCUAAUGAAGCGAUACCUGGACACCGAGAUACCAUUACCGUCUCAGACGCCAAGCCCGCCACCUCAGCAACGAUCAUCGUCACAGUCCCAUCACCUCCAUCAUCACGGUAGCAGUCAUCAUCCGCAAACGUCCAGCAGCCUGCUCGCCAGUAGUCUCAGCCAAUCGUCUCAACAGCACAGGCCUCUCCUGCAUGGACUGCUUAGCGGAACGCACAUAUCUCAGGCGCCCUAUCACAGUCGGGGCUACAGUACGUCCAGCACAGGAGUUUGCUCUACGACCACGUUCCCGUUCGCUGGCAGUGCCGACGUGGACGAUGACGGUUUCCUGGAAAACAUCUUCCAUCUGCAAUCGAUGGAGAAGUUCAAAAAUUCGCAACGUUUUCUCAAACUGACAAGCUCACUACCUCCAAGUCCCGCCGACAGUGGUGUUUCCGAUGUGGACAGCUCCAGCAGUGGCGGGCAGCCUGCCUGCAGUGAUGAACUCAAGGCCCGGCUCGGAAUUCCACUCAGCAACAAUGGCAGCGCUAGCAACAGUGGCAGCGGAAAUGGCGGGGGCAACAGUGGUAGCAGUAGUAAUCCCGCAAACUCCGGCUGCGGUACCGUGUUACCACCGGGUAGUGGAGGAGGAGGAGGCGGCGGCGGAGGCGGUGGACUUCCAUCACUUAAUGUCUCGUCCUCACCUUCGUCCGUUCCCACGUCCCUGUCCUCAUCGGUGGCUCUCUCGGCGGCGGCAGCAGCGGCGGCCGCUACCCAGCAACAUCUACAACAGCAAGCACAAGCCCACUUACCGCCGGGAACGUUCCUGCGGCCCAACUUCUAUCAUCACAGCUCUCCACCACUCAGGAAUAUCUGGAACCAGCGGAGUGUACCCCUUACCGACAACUAUCACUACCUGCACUCGAUGAACGCGGCGGCGGCGGCCGGUUAUCCGACGUCGCACUUCCCGUCGGCGUCUCCAUCGCAGCGAGCUCAACCCACCGGUGGCAACGGGCUGAACGUCAUGAGCCAACAUCACCUCCAUCCACAUCAUCCCCAUCUGGGCGGUCAACAUCCGGGAGCGCACGUGGGGAACGGAACCGGUGGUCCGAUGGCCAACGGUCUGGUGAACGGGCUGCACCACCACGCGCAGAGUGUUUCCUCCAGCUGUCCGGACGAUCUGUCUUACAUGCUGGAACUGGGAUUCCCACCUCGGAAGCUGAAAAAGCCCAAGAAACCCAAGCUGGAGAUGGGCGUCAAGCGCAAGUCCCGCGAAGGCUCCACCACCUAUCUGUGGGAGUUCCUGCUCAAGCUGCUGCAGGAUCGCGAAUAUUGCCCGCGGUUCAUCAAGUGGACCAACCGGGAUAAGGGCGUGUUCAAGCUGGUCGACUCGAAGGCCGUCUCCAAACUGUGGGGAAUGCACAAGAACAAACCGGACAUGAACUACGAAACGAUGGGCCGGGCACUGCGGUACUAUUACCAGCGGGGCAUCCUGGCCAAGGUCGACGGCCAACGGCUGGUCUAUCAGUUUGUCGACGUUCCGAAGGAUAUUAUCGAAAUUGAUUGUUCAGGAACAUAGAACAGGUACGAGAAGCGAUCGGAGGUGCCUCCACCGGCGCUCCCUUCCGGCCGCUUCUGAGCAAGAUAAACCGCAUCGGUGACAAAAUGAAAGCAAAUCAAAGCAAAACAAACAGACACACACUAGUCCGGUUUCCGAUCGUUGCUCCGGCAACGGUCCCCCCAUCGCGGUCUACUUUGUAUAAAUGCAAAAAAAUGGAUAAUCUACUACUUCCUACCAUUUAUGUUUUUUUUUUCUGUACAGAAUCGUGCUAAGGAUCUUUCGUUUAUUUUUUUUUUUUACUUUUCGGUUUUUGUAUUAUGAUAUUUAUUUUUAAAAAGGAUCUUCUUUAUUUAAGUUUAAGCAUUCUGUGUAUGAUAGUUUGUAUAAAAUUAUUUUCGCGUUGUAAAUUAUAAUUUAUUUAAGUUAUAGAUCAAAAACAAAAGAAAACCCGAAUCCUCUUUGACAGACAGAAACAGGAAAAAGUCGAAAAUGGAAUCACUAGAAUAUAUGGACACGGAAAGAGGAAACAUUGGAAGAAAAAAAGACAAUAAGAGAAAAAGAAAAAUAGCUACGCAACUGUCCGCUUUGAUGUUUUGUUUAUUUUUAACUAUUGAUUUUUAUGAGUAACAGAAAAAAAAAAUGAUUUGUAUAAUCCCGCGCCAAACGGAAGCAGCUAAUCAGACAAAAAUGAAAUGGAUAAAAGAGAAGAAAAACAAGAAUGAAGUACAAAUCAAAUACAAACAAAUCAACAAUUAUUAUUGCAAACAACCGUCAACCUCGCGCUGCAGUGCUAGAGAUCCACGGAGCGGAAUGAUACUGAUGAAGGCAGGAAUCUAGUACCUCAGUAGUGAGUGAUUGUUUUUGUGUGUAAUCUAUUAUUGCUAAAGCGAGAUAAUUUUAGAAGUUUUUUUUUUUUUAUUUAAGAGUAAUCCCCCUUUCGGAACUCACUUCCUGAAUUAGUUAAACACGGCCACUACGACUACUACUGAGAAUGUAAAUUUCCAUGUAAAUUUUUUGUACUACAUUAGGUUAGGUAUUUUAGGGCGCGCUUAGGCUUAGGUUCAACUUUUAUCUGCUAAAUGCAAUCAGCUGUGUAAUCAAGUGUAAAAAUUAUCUUUUUUUUUUUGUUUUAAGUGAAAGUAUUUCGUGUUAAGAGAAUCGCUUUCUUUCGUAAACUACCCUAUUUCUCUAUUUUACGGUAAAUGCUAUUUUAUUUCUUUUUAAACCUACUUUAAAAAAACAACUCACUGCCCUUCCCGUGUCGUAAGCGCUGUUUUAUACCUUUACGAUUUGUGUUUUUACUUUUUAACCGUAAGCCUUCGUUCUUAAGGGAAUGUUUGUCCAAUCAAAAGUGAUAUGAAGAAAAACGGAAAAUCAAAAAGAGCUAGGAAAGAAGCAGAUUCAUACAAAAUACAUACACGCAUAUUCAGACAUACACACACGCGCUCACUCAUACAAAGCGAAACACCCACACACUCUCACACACACACACAUACAAACACAAAAUCGACAAGAAUUUUGAAAGAGAAUAAACGAAGUUUCUUUAAAAUCUUGAUCUCAUUAAUUUAUUGUUUAUCGAUGCAAACAAAAAAUAUUUUUUGUAUCUGAAAAUUAUUUUGGUUUCCUCACAAUAAGUGUAAAUAUGCUUGGAAAUUGAGUUUUUAUAUAAUUUUUAAAUUGUUUACGUGUUACCUAUUGUGAUCCCGGAAUGGGUAAAAUUGCUGCGUUCGAGCCCCCUCUCCAGAUGGUCGAACAUCCGUGAUGAAGUACUAGAUUCUAGCGAUCGAUUUGUAAAUGAAAAAAAUCAUCAAUAAUCAACAAUGAUGCCUACCGCUACCAAUAAUCCAUUCGACACUGCCAUCUAUAUGUUUAAAUUUAAAUAAAAAAAAACAAAAUUGAUUGUUAGAGUGCGAGCAAAGGAAUCCAGCAAAAAUUGGUGCAUUAAAUAGUUUAGCAAAAAUUUACUCAAUUGUGCUAGUACAAAACAAACAUCUUAGCGAAAAAAAAGUCAAAAUUUCAUUGUAUACGAGUUCGAAUCGCAUCGAAUCUAGUACUGCAUCACCGCCGUUGCGCAGAUUGUACCCAUUUCUCCGUUUCAAACUGUACAUUUCUCGUGCUAAGGCUUUCCGGAAGCAACAUUACACCACCACAACACCCGCGCCCCCUCGACUGCCUGUUCCCUCUUUGGAUUUGAAUGAAUGGAAAACAACUGAAAUCGGUUUUCCAUUCUCAGUGUGAAAGUACUAGUUUAUAAAUAUGACAACCACUAAACAAAGCAAAAACAUAUGUGCAAUGAACCAAACGAUACCUACAACAACACACGUGUUGUGAAGUUUCUGAACAAACAAUUUCAGGACGCAAAAGACAAACGGAGAUGGAAAACUGUAGGAAUAGAACCAUUGAACUUAUAAAAUCCACUCAAAACUAAUCCGGAGCAGUACUAGAUUUUUAGAAAAUCGCAACCAUCGUAAGAAAUAAAGUCCAAUCGAAUCGACCACGGAGUCUCCAUUUACUGGGAGCUCAUUGGUUUCAAGAAAGCAAAGUAAAACAAUCUCGGAAAAUAAUUAUUUUCUCGGAUAAAUCACACACACACACAGGUUCCGAUGAAAAUGACAAAAAAAAAAUGAUAAAAGGAAUAGUUCUAAUACUUUUAAAACAAAAGGAAAUAACAAUAGUAAACAAUAGACAAUUAAACAUGUUGAUGGAAACAAAAAGUUUACAUACCAACAGAAUAAGUGAACAGAAGAAGAGAAAAAGGCAAAGGCAAAACAGAGAAACACAAUUCUAGAAAUCAUUUGUUAUGUGUAUUAUACUUUAAAUGUUGCAAAUUUUAUAUAUAAAAUUUAUAAACUAGGAAAAAACGAAAAUAAAAAUCAUAUAAUUUAAUUUGAAA